AUGCCAGUGAGUUGCGGGAGGCGGCUCAGCGCGCCACCGACCCAACUGAAAGCGUUGCCGCAGCUUCGAGCUGUGAUACAAUGGGCAAUGCAUGCUCAGCGCAACAAGACAGUUGACAUUCGCGACAUACGAGACUUUUCCCUGGCUCUUGCAGGCUUUGUGGUGUCUGCUUCAAGCUUUGUGGUGCCGUAUGCCUCCUCGGACUUUCGCAUGAAGCGAUUGGCAGUAAAGAAGUUCAUGGCGCGCUAUGAGCCUGCCAUGUCUCCAAACGAGGUGGUCGGACGGAAGGUUGUAGAUGACAUCAUCAAACACCAGGCUGCAGAGCUGGAGGCAGAAGUCCGACGCGACCAUCGUGAGUGGCCGCUACAAAUCCGGGAAGACAGUGGCCGUGCAAGAGGCCUUGCGCGGUGUGUGAAGAACUGGGAGCCCACUUUGUACCAAGAGCUUGGCGUGAAGGACUCCAGCAUGUUUCAUGAGGUGCUUCGUCGUGUCCGCGCCAAGUUGCAGAAGAAGAAGCUCGCAAAGAACUUGACCCAAUAUCCAAUCCUGCUUCUGGACAUUCCUCGUGACUUGGAAGGAGGUAAGGAGGGUAUGAAGCUGGUCUCCAACAUGGCGAAGGACAUGUCGAGUGAUUCACGCUACAAUGCUGUGGUGGUCGCCUCGCCUGCUGCCUCGGCUCAGGCGUUUGAUGCCGGCGGCCGCAGAUUCGACAUCUGGGUGGGCGACAUGACCCAGGAAGAGGCGACAGAGAUGCUCGAGAAGCACGGCCGCGAGUCGUACGCGGCAGAAAUCAUUGACAACUGCGGCCUCCGUGCUGGUGAUUUGGUGGAUGCAUGCAAUGAUCUGAAGAAGGGAGAUAGUCUGAGCGACAUCCAGACGGGUUUACAAAAGUUGGCAGAAGCACAUGUAGUGAGCGUUAAGCGUCUCACGCUUGAUGGAGAGCAGGUGGGUGAGCAGAUUUUAAACGCACUGCUUCAAAGUGGAGGCGCAGGCGUUGGGCAAGUCAUAAAUGAUACCAUGUAUCAGCCGCGCAAAAUUGCAAAGCUCAUUCGCGAUGAGAACGCACAUGCCUUCUUCUAUACAUUCGCAAGGACACAUUUCCAAUAG